CCAGGCGCCGGUGAGCGCGCGGCCGAAACGUUUUCCCCCUCUUUUUCGCUCUCUUUUCACCUCCUCACCCGAUUCAUUUCUCUCGCGACCUCCACUCCACCCUCUGGCGGCGAGCUGGCGACGGCGGCGGCGGCAGGAGGCGAGCUCGCGAUCCUCAGGACACAAAGGAAGGGGAUUUCUGAGUUUGCAAAGCUGAGGUCAAGCUGCUGUGAGAUGGAUAUUUUCUAUCAGUGCAAGGAGAUCUUAAAGAUCCAGAAAUUCAGGCGCCUGGUGUCUUAUGCUGCAUUCUAUUCAUUCACUACCCUCGUGACCUAUGCUUACACAAGCAAUACGACAAGGGCUGGCAUUUCGAGGGCUGAUCAGUACUAUGCCUCCUAUCCUUCUGGUACUGAACUACUAACUGACACUGCGAAGCUUUACAAGGCUGCAUUAGGUAAUUGUUUUGAAAUAGACGACUGGGGUCCAAUAGAAUUCUCGGUCAUGGCAAAGCACUUUGACCGGCAAGGCAAACCACCAUAUGCUUACCAUGCUCAAUACAUGGCACACCUCCUAUCGCAUGGCCAACUCGAUGGAAGUGGUUAACUGCAGAUGUAUUUAGUUGACUCGUGAAACUUCACUAGUCUGUCAAUCGUUGCACUGUACUGAUUCUCGUAAAAAGAGGUCCUCUUUCUGAAAUCCUGAGUUAUGAUUGCCCAUUAAUAUGGAGGACAGGGUUUAGAUCAUGAAUAUACAUCCUGAAUAUUAGGCUAUGGAGUCAAGAACCACUGCAAUAUCAGCUUAUUGUUAGAACAAAAACUGUGCGGAGUUUUUCCAAGAAGGCAAGAAUCAUGAUACUACCUUGCUGCCGCAUUGUUGGUGUCUUUUCUGUGCUGAUUGUAAACUCUUUGGAUGCCAGUGUUUAUGGCAUUAAUUUGUGAGCUCUUGACUGUAUUUGGUGUGAACCCAGCAAAGGUCAAGGGACCACUAAAGCUGAGGCUAUCCGCAUGAUUGUAGCCACACAUUUUAAGUCAGACACUGCAUUAGUUGCUUUGUUUUAUAUUGGAGAGAUAACUAACAGUGAAAGUAUUACUUCUGUCAGUCAUUUUUUGGAUGUGA